UUGCCCGCCUAUCGCCACGUGACCCGCCGUGGUAAGCUCAGAUUCGCGUGCGCAGUGUAGGCUGCCGGCGCUGGCGUCAACUGGUGCCAGCUUACCCGCCGCAAUUGACAACCUACCCUCACGAUUGCCACCCGCGAAGCUUGCUUGUUUUGUCCUCCGCAAGCUUGCCAUCUUGCUGAACCCUCGACAAUUUUCUGUCUCACUAGCUACAUAAACACUCGAAAAUAUGGACAGAUUUAGAAGCCUUCUUGGAGGCGGCGGCCUUGGUAUGGGCGGAGCUGCUCACGGCACGGAUAACACAAGUCUUAUCGACAACUCCGAAACAGUUUAUAUUUCAUCAUUGGCGUUGCUCAAAAUGCUUCGUCACGGCCGAGCUGGUGUCCCAAUGGAAGUCAUGGGUCUGAUGCUGGGCGAAUUCGUCGACGACUUUACAGUCAAGGUCAUGGAUGUCUUUGCCAUGCCUCAGAGCGGUACUGGCGUCAGUGUCGAAGCAGUUGAUCCCGUAUUCCAGACCAAGAUGAUGGACAUGCUCCGUCAAACUGGACGUCCCGAAUCCGUCGUCGGUUGGUACCACUCGCAUCCUGGAUUCGGCUGCUGGCUAUCGUCGGUUGAUAUCAACACCCAGCAAUCUUUCGAGCAGCUUAACCCGCGCGCCGUUGCCGUCGUCAUCGAUCCGAUUCAAUCAGUCAAGGGCAAGGUCGUUAUCGACGCCUUCCGUUUGAUCAACCCUCAGCUUCUCAUGAUGGGCCAGGAGCCUCGUCAGAGUACUAGCAACUUGGGUCACCUCAACAAGCCCUCAAUCCAAGCUCUUAUCCACGGCCUCAACAGACACUACUACUCUAUCGGCAUCAACUACCGCAAGACAGCGCUGGAAGAGAACAUGCUAAUGAACCUACACAAGCACGUGUGGACAGAAGCCCUGGAGAUGGACGACUUCAAGGCCGAGGGCGAAAAGAACAAGGAUAGAUUACAGAGACUAGUCACUCUGGCCGAUGGCUACGAGAAGCGCGUAAAGGAAGAGACAGAGCUCACAAAGGAGCAGCUGAAGACGCGAUACGUUGGCAAGGUCGACCCGAAGAAACAUUUGGAAGACGUUGGACAAGAGCUCAUUGAGGACAACAUUGUUUCAGUAUCAAGGCAGAUGAUCGACAAGGAGGCGACCAUGCCACGAAAAGACGGCCAGUCUUGUUCCAAGGAGGCGCAGGGCGGCGACCAAAUGGAUACCGAGGAGGAACUUUAAAGACAUAGAUGACACCAAGAAAUAAAUGGAAUAAUGACUUUUCUUCUGCAAGAUGCCACAUGGUAUAAAAAGCACCUUUGCUAAAUAUAAACAUCAUUCCAACGCAAACU